CGAGUGGGGACCGGGGGGAAACGCAGCGGCCGCGGGUCUCCGCCCGAGAGUAUGGCGGCUGGGGUUGCAGCGGAGAGCGACGGAGACGCGGGGAGCAGCGGGAGGCGCUGAGGGAGACACCGAGCGAGUAUUCCCGCUCCAGCGACCUCCAUGGAGCGAGUCGGGUUUUUCUCGGCGCUCAGACGCGGUUGAGACUCGGUACCGAGCGGCCUCGGUCCAACCCACGAUGCGCGAGUACAAAGUGGUGGUCCUGGGCAGCGGCGGGGUCGGGAAGUCCGCCCUCACCGUGCAGUUCGUCACCGGGACCUUCAUCGAGAAGUACGACCCCACCAUCGAGGAUUUCUACCGCAAGGAGAUCGAGGUGGACUCGUCGCCGUCCGUCCUGGAGAUCCUGGACACCGCCGGCACCGAGCAGUUCGCCUCCAUGCGGGACCUCUACAUCAAGAACGGACAAGGCUUCAUCCUGGUCUACAGCCUGGUCAACCAGCAGAGCUUCCAGGACAUCAAGCCCAUGAGGGACCAGAUCAUCCGAGUCAAAAGGUAUGAAAAGGUCCCGGUGAUCCUGGUGGGCAACAAGGUGGACCUGGAGAGCGAGAGGGAAGUAUCGUCCAGUGAGGGCCAAGCCCUGGCCGAGGAGUGGGGCUGCCCCUUCAUGGAGACCUCGGCCAAGAGCAAAACCAUGGUAGAUGAACUUUUUGCCGAGAUCGUUCGGCAGAUGGACUACGCCGCCCAGCCUGACAAGGAUGACCCCUGCUGCUCAUCUUGCAAUAUACAAUAGCCCCUGGGCCGCUAGGACAUGGACCGAACCUACCGUCUACGUAGAGGACUUGCUGCCGCGAGACACUUAGACACCAUCACACAUGUCAGUGCAACAGAGGGUUGAACGCAAUGGAUGUGAAGCGCAACUGAUGUAAUGUGAAUUGAUAGAUCGGAAGGAGGAGUUGUCACAGGCCUUCACUCACAGGAUUAUUUGGUUCAUUUGUUGUGUGAAGUCUUUCAUUUGUUCUUUCGAUAUCCUUGAAGAGAUCGGGUUCAUGUUCAUCUGGGUCUACGGGGGAGUCGUUUCCAGACACCAUCCGCCCACUGGAACCAAGAGAAGGAGCUGAGAGUUGAUGCAAAUGUAGAACGAGUGUGGAUUGGUUUUUCUAAACUGGCUUCUCAGGGCUGUCCACCCCUUCUGCCAUAACCUUCAGGAUCCACUCACAGCUGGGCUGAGGGAACCCUGCGGUGGCUUCGUCUCUGGUUCUUGAUGAUUUGAUCCUGCUGGCUAGGAUGAGGAUCACUGCCCACUGUAGGUUUGGAAGGAAUUCUCAAGGAUCUUGGGUCACGGUAGGGUGGAGAUGGGUCAUCUGUGGAGAGGACGCUGUUCUGGGUCCUGCAGUGCCAAAAGACAAAGCUCUCUCAGUAUUGCUACUUGUACCCGUGGUCUCCAGGCUAGUGCGGUGAUCUGGACUCAUCCUGGGGUGAGACGUUCAGUCCGCCCGCAGGGUCAUUGAAAGGCCAGUGGAGGUAGCUCUGGGGUGUGGAUGUCUCCUCCAUAGUGACACACUGGAGAAGUUCCUGGUCCAGCGGCGGCGACCUGGGUCAGGUUUCUUAGUUCACCAGCACUUUCAAUACAGCAUUUUAAGGAAGCGAUAUCUUGAACUGACAAAGGCCACUUUGGUUGGUCAGUGAACAUCUGCCUGAUCUGUUACUUCAUCUCAGUAAAACUUAGAUCCUUCAUUCCAGGGCCCAACCAAAGAGGUGACCUUAACGCACCUCCAUUUCCAUCCAUGGUCCCGGAACACCGGUGCAGUGAGCACCACAGAGGCUUGUUUUCUCUCCUGCCCGGAGCCGUUGUCCUGGAGGGAAACUAGAUUUAACGUGUAGACGUCUCCAGUGUUACUACAAGGAGGGACGCUCCGCCGCGUGUUCCAGCUGUGGGGUGCUGAAAUAGGCUAACUAACGCUCAUGUAAAUAUUUUGUACUGAAAGCUGCUGCAAAGAUUCUGACGGAUCACACGUGUAACUGUAUGCAUGGCUAGUGAACUAAAAAAGGACUUCUAUUGUUUGAGAUUACUAUAGGCUGUGGAAAUGUGCAAAGCAAACAUACACUCACACUUGUCUGGAUCUGGACACCGUCUCUCUUUGUUUCCACGGGAACCAGACUGCCCCCCGUCCCCCGCCCAGCUCCCACGCCCCGUGUUCUCAUCGUUGAUUUUAUAUUUUUUUAUGUGACCAUUUAACCUUUAGCCCCCUCUGAAUGGCGACACUG